AUGGACCAAGCCAACCAAAGCACUGCGGCCGAUCAAGCGCUGCCACCCAGGCCCGGCUUGCAGGCCAGACCGAUCCGCAGGCGCAAUCGCAUGAUCAAUUCGUGUCUCGAAUGCAGGAAGAGAAAGUUGAAGUGCACCAAGACAUCACCGACAUGUACCAACUGCAUCAAGGCCGGCCGAGACUGCCUAUACAUCGGGCCGCGCCUUGAUGAAGCAAGCCAGAUGCGGCUGGCCGAAAUCAAAGAGAAGCAAGGGACACUAGAGCGUCAGCUCGAGCGAGACAUCGCGAAGUCGACCACAUCGAAGAAUACCCUGCAACAGCGCAUUCUCGCCGAUGAGGUUGAAGACGACUUCGACGAGGAGCGAGAUCUCGAAGCCACCCCGCUCGUAGCGUUGGACCUCACGUACGAGGACGAUGCCGAUGGCGCAGAUGACAUGAUAGAUCUGGGGAUUCAAAUCGGAAAGAUGCGCAUCACUGAGAGAAUAGGUGGUCUUUCUCGGCCACGGAUUUCCGAGGAGUUAUCCGCUGGCAUCUCCAGACAAAGUACUCCCGUUCAGCAACCGCCGCAACGCGGAGGACCAAUGCCUGUGUAUGAGGACCUCGGGGAUGGCAUGUCGGACACAUCUAUACCCGACUUUCUGAAGCCAGGAAACCAGUACAUAGUUCCUACGAGUGGCUUCCUCUUCGGUCAGAUCGGAGAGCCGCCGUCUAUCCUCCAAUUCCUACCGUUUCGGGCUGCGGCGGACCGACUCAUGACGCAAUACUUCAUUUCAGUUCACACGAUCGCUCCAUGCUCCCACCGACCAUCUUUAGAGAUGACCUACGCUACAUUCUGGGAGGAGAUCACGGCGGGAAUCGAGCCUCGACCUUCAGUCCAGGCUAUCAUUUUCGCGGCCAUGUUCAGUGGGGUCGUGAGUAUGGAAGAGGAUGUCAUAUACCACGAACUAGGCUAUUCGAAGGGAAAUUGGGUGACGAGCCUCAGGAUGGGUACCGAGACCGCGCUGAGCAAAGCCAAUUUUCUGAGGACGACCAAGGUAGAAACGAUGCAAGCCUUCGUCGUAUACAUGCUUCCCCUGUGUAGGGCAGAGGUCUCGAGGGCUCACUCCGUGCUAGUUGCUGCCGCAGUGCGCAUGGCUGAAUGUAUGGGCUUACAUCGCGAUGGAGAAGCAUAUGGACUUACGCCUUUGGAAACGCAUGUUCGUCGUCUAGUGUGGCACCAGCUCUGUUUCCUGGACAUUCGGACUUGCGAAGCUCAAGGGCCGAAACCUGUCAUCCGAAGAGAUGACUACGAUACCAAAUUACCCCUGAACUGCGAUGAGGAUGAACUCACACAUGCCAUCGUGCCGCCGGAGUCCUCGGACUGUUGGACGACCAACACGCUUGCGUUGAUCCGAUUCGAGAUCAACGAGAUGAUGCGCAUCAUCUGGCUGGACCGGCGGAGACUAGAGAGUCGUAGGACGACUCUCACUGCCGUGCUCACCAAGAUCGAGAACUUUCGGCGGCGCAUGUCGGAGAAGUACGACCAUCUACUGGACGUCGCACAGCCCAUCCAGAGAUACGCAAAGUGCGUCAUGUACCUUUUGACCUACCGACUGCACGUCAUGGUGCUGCAUCCGUAUCAUUCGAACGCCACAAACCCCAUGCCGCCGCGGCUGAACCACCUGCUCAUCACCUCCGGCAUCAUGGUCGUCGAGCUGGCCAUCCAGCUGGAGACCAACCCGCUCUUCCACGAAUGGGCCUGGUACCUGGGCGCCUACUUCCAGUACCAGAUCGCACUCCUGCUGGCCACCGAGGUCUACUUUCGCCCGCAGUCCCGCGAGGCCGACCGCAUAUGGUCUUGUCUCGACUACGUCUUCGGCAUGGAUCGCAAGCUGCCCCCCGAGGCCAAGGGCAUCCAGCUCCUGUCCGAGAUCCAGAGCCGGACCGCCGUGUACAUGCGGAUGCGGAAGAUGCGCGGACCGAGCAGUACCGCCAGGGCCAUGCCGGGCCAGUACGCCGUCGGGGGGAUUGUGAGCUCCUCGCCUUCCGCGGGACCUAGUCAGCCUCCGCAGCCUCCGGCGCUGGGGAUGAUGGCCGGGGCCCCGAAGAUCGAGCCGGGGUAUAAUACGCCCCCAAUGCAUCAUGGUGUCUAUAUGCCGCAGCCACAGCCGCAGAUGGUGUUUGCGGGCGUGUCGGACGGCCAGGCACUGUGGAGUCUGCCGCCGACUCACCAUGAGAGUCCGGGCGGUAGCGACUCGUCCAGCGUGGCAAUUGGGCAACAAUCCGGUGCCCCGGGUAUGAGCGGUGCGGGAUUGCCCCAGGACAACAUCAUGGAUAACAUCGACUGGGACACCAUCAACACCCUGUUCCCCAACGACCCCCAGACCGGAGGCCUAAGCAUCCAGGGGUUCCACGACCAGAACUUCGGCAUACUAAAUUGGAGUGGUCAGCCAUGA